UGAAAUAAUGCCGAGCACAUCAAUGAUCGAAGAUCGUUCUGAGAUCGAACGUCGGCGAUUCGAAUAUCUCGAUCAUCCGGCAGAUAUUCAACUUCACUCUUGGGGAUCCACAAUGGAAGAAGCCUUCGAAGCAUGCCUCGUAUCAAUGUUCGGCUAUAUGACGGAUUUGGCCAAGGUUGAUGAGAUGUACGAAUUCUACUGGAAAGCUUCUGGCGAUAGCUUAGAUGGUCUCCUAUUUCAGUUUCUAGACGAAGCGCUCAACUCAUUCCACGCUGAACCAUGCUUUGUCGCGAAACGGGUUGAAAUAUUGCGAUUUGAUAAGAAAAAGUUUGAGAUCGAAUUCCGAGGAUGGGGAGAAUCAUUUGAUACUUCAAAGCAUGAAACAGAGGCUGAUAUCAAGUCUCCAACUUAUUCAAACAUGCAAAUCAACGAGAAGCCGGAGAGAUGCGAUAUCUAUGUCAUUGUUGACAUUUGAUUUUUAUUUUACAACUUCUUUUUCACCUUUUCUCGCUUAAUUCCUUUGUGAUUUGCUUCCGAUUAUCGUGUCUUUUCCCUUCUGGUUGCUCAUAAAAUUUGUUAAUUUUGCAG